AUGUUCCAAGCAGAACUCCAAGAAUUUGAGAGAAGAGUUUAUACCACAGCCAAAGACUAUGGGGAAAUCUUAGACAAGAAAUUUGAUGGCAUUACCAAAAUUUUAGAUCUUCAUCGCCAAGCCAUGGUAGUUUUGGAAAAGGAAGUCUCUCAGAGGUUUGAUAUGUUGAAAGAAAAACAGAGAUCUAAAAAGGAUGGUAGCCCUGCGCCCACCACUUCCUUCGGUUUUGAAGACCUGCUCUCCCAUCCACCAUCUCCUUCUCACCAUGAGUUUGCACCACCUACCUUACCUAUACCCACUUCUAUUGUUUCUACUUCACCAUCUGCACCUUCUACCUCUCCCACUCCUCCUCCUACCUUAGCUCUUAUUACAGUUCCUCAACCUAUUCCUUCUCUGUAUUUUCCACCCAUCUCUCUACUUUCUCAGCUUUUCCCUCUUCCUAUUCCCCUUACUAUGCCUACUGUCUCGAUUCCUUCCCGAUCUUCUAAUGCUGACAAAAAGGGAGAGAAGGAAUCUGUUUAG